GAUAGGACGUGGAGGCAGCUGAAAGGACAGAAAAUGAAGAGCUUAAUGGGAGAUGUAAGAGUUUGGCUAAAUGGGCUGUGCCUUGCAUUAUUGUGAGUAAAUUUUGGUGGGCUACAAGCUUUUCAGCCAUUUGACCGACUCUCUCAGUCAGGAUGGGACUGCCGAAGAGAAUGAGCACGGUCGGCACAAUAAUAGCUGCAGCUUCUGUGUUGUCACUGGCAUCUGACUCCAGUCAGAGGUCAAAGCCGUUCCUCACAGGCUGCCGAUCCCCUGAGCAGGAGACUUUUAGCUGCUGGUGGAACCCUGGGACGUAUAGGAACCUUUCUGGCACUCCUGCCUUCAAGGUUCUAUACUCUAAAUCAGGGUGUCAGGAGCUAAGGGAAUGCCCUGACUACAUCACAUCUGGAGAGAACAGCUGUUUCUUUAACAAAACCUACACAUCCAUUUGGACAGGCUACUGCCUUCUGAUUGAAGUCACCACAGAGAGGGGAACUGUCUGGUCGGAGCCGUACUCUUUUAACAUUCUAGAUAUCUUACAGCCAGAACCUCCUAUUCUGUUAAACUGGGCCCUUCUAAAUGCCAGUGACUCUGUUCAUUAUGCUGACAUCAUAAUCAACUGGGCUCCACCCACCUCUGCAGAUGUGGGCUCUGGUUGGAUAUCCUUGCAGUACCAAGUCCGUUUCCGAUCAUCCUCUGUCCCCAAGUGGAAAAUGGGUUCCCUUGUGCAGCAGUGCUCCUACCCUCUGUACGCGCUGGAAACGGGACAGGAGUACGAGGCGCAGGUGCGCUGCAAGCCUCGCUCCGAGGGCAAGUUCAGCCCUUUCAGUGAAUCCCUCCACUUCCUACUACCCCACAGAAAGAGAGCCUCUGCAAUACCAGCUCCUGUUGUUCUUUUCCCUCUUGCUGUUCUGCUGAUAUUGGUCUUGCUCUACAUGCUGUGUAGCAUGACACAGAUAAAGGAUGUUCUGCUUCCACCUAUUCCUGUGCCCAAGAUAGCUGGAAUGAGCAUAGAAAUGAUACAGAGCAACCAGUUAAGCGAUUUUGGCAUCUGUUCUAAUUCCCUGAGCGUGAAGCUUUCUCCGAAUCUCAGCGAGAAGUGGGAGGAGUUCCCAGAGGUGUGCCUGCAGAUUGACAGGCCGUCAGAGGGCGAGCCGGAGAGCAGCAGAGCGGACCCUCGGGCCCCCAGAUCCACGCGCGCCAGCGACUCGGGCUGCGAGAGCGUGGAGAGUGUUGCCAGGGACAACGGCAAAAACAAGCCCCGUCUUGGCCUGGUCUCCAUGGACACAGCGCCCAGCCACAUGGGCCCACCCUGCCCUGGAAGAGGCCGCUCCGUGGGCACUCGCGAGCAAAGGGCACCUCAAGCGCCCCAGCCCGUGCUCACAAAAAGCCUGGCUGCGUCAGACACUUCUCAGGAAAGUCCCAGGCAGCACAGUCAGUUACUGCUUUCCCUCGGCACGCUACAUGAUAAAGGCCAAACUGGCAAAGCCCUCCUCCUGGGCAAAGACAGAGGCUUUUACUCUUAUGUGAAAGAUGUUGCUCCUCAAAGCAGCACGACUGAACUAGCUAACAGCAGUGCCACACAGGGGGCCACUGGUACAAACAAACAAGGCUAUCGCCAUGCCGUCAGUGAAUAUUUGAAGGGUUCCCCUUCUGAAGGCACCCCAUUACCAGAUCAUAUGGACAUUUAUGUCACUAUGUAGAUUUUGCAACCACAACGCGCACUACUGUUGGUUCUAAUUGCAUGUGAGUCUUUAGUUAUAUUUGUGAAGCACAACUUAGACAGUGACUACUGUAUAUGAAAAUAAAUGUUCUUCGGCA